CCAUGACUCCCAGGCGCCCAUCACUGAAACAUAACAGGGAGUCGGCGGAUAUCGUUCCUCCAGUUCCUUCCCUUCCGGAAAACAUACCCCCCAUUCCUCCCCAGCCUCCAUUCGAAGCCGUUCUCUUGUCUGCCGUACCCGACGGUGCUGUUGACCCAGUAAAAAUUAUUGUCACGCUGGAAACCUGCAUGACAACCUACCGAACCACCUUGCGAACCUUGACUUCACGACCGUCCCAUCUUUCAAAGUAUAUCGUCUCCCUACUGUCACAUGGGUCUGAGACCGCUUCCGUCUACUCGCAUGUCAGCGAGGCGGCGUCCGCCAUCCAUCACGACAAUGCCUUUAGUGCCGCAUUCCACGACCAUCUCACUUCCGUAGGGUGCUUGUCUCAGUCCUCUUCUAGCCUUCACAUCUUCCUGGAUCGUCCAAGUGCUCCGUAUUCACAUAUUCUCACAUAUCUCCGAUCGUCACCCGAGAACCCUGAGACUCUCCCUCGAGCAGCUGCUCUUCUUGGUUCCGCAUCUCGUGCGCGUCUGGAGGCCCUUCUGGAGCUACGCGACGAAGCCUCCUAUUUGGGAUUGGACGAGUUGUAUAAGUUAUGCACGCACGAGAUAAACCAACGCCAUUCCAUUUUUGGUCACUCCUCCAAUGCCAGCAGUUCCGCGAUGUCCAUCCGAUCACUACAUACCGUCAUCGAGCAGAACCCGUCCGUCCAGGGCUCCCGCUUAUCUCAGAUGUCAAAUGGCACCUCCAAGAGUGGUGCUCUAUCAAGCGUCCCCCACCACUUAGCCCUCCGCGAGCGGAGCGCUAGUAGGACUCCCAGUGAGUCUGGUGGUGGUUCAAAGUUGCCGCCGCCUGGAUGGAUUUAGCACUAAGGUAUAUUCUGUAUUACUUGUCUCUCACGAAUUUCUGUAGCCUCCAGCUAGCUUCGUUCUGUCCAUGUUAUUUUGUCAUGUAUCUAUCACUUAUGUUUAGUAUUAGUAUAGGGUUCCUUCAAUACGAUUUGAGGAUUUAUCAACGUAGAUUUGAGU